UUAUCAGUUUAUGCAAAUUUCAAGGCAUAUUAAUGUAAAAUAAAUAUUAAAUUUGAAACGUGUUAAUGUUAAGAAGUUGUUGACAUUUUGUUUGGUGCAAGUGUUUAAAAAAUAUUGGCGUAAAAAAGCUAAAAAAGGCGAAGAAGUCAUAAAAGGUCAACAAGCACGAAAUUAUUAUUUUUUGUGGAAAUCUUUUCAGCGGAAUUACAUAUAUAUGUCAGUACAAUAAAUGAAAUUAUAAUUCACAUUCGAAAUUUACUUCAAUAAAUUUUAUAAUGGAAAGUACAGACAUAUUGGAUGAUCAGGAUAUGAUAAAAAAUGAGAAUCUAUUAGCAAUUCGAGUACUUGCACAGAGUAUGCUUAAUGAAAUACCUGUAGUAUCAACAGAUGGAUACACAAAUUAUUCUUCGGACAAUACGCCUGAUCUAACCCACGCACAAAAUUACGUCCAACCAACAGUUGAAUUAUGUGAAUUAUUUUCGGAAAAAAAUACAGAACAACAAAUACAGCAAUUUUCAGAACAGCAACUACAACAGUCUCCAAAUGGCUUGCAGCAAUCUACACAGCAGGUACAACAGCUUCCAGAACAGAAUCAACCGUUUUCGGAAGAACAAUCCCAACAGUCUUUACCUCAGGAAACACAUAAUUUUCAAGUUCAAUCACUACCACAAUCCUCUCAACAGCUACCACAAUCCUUUUCAGAGCAACUACCACAAGAAUUUAUAAAUCAUCAUCCACAACAGAAAUUACAACACUACCCUGAAGAACAACCAUCGUCUUUAUCGGAACAGCAAUCACAUUUCACAGGCCAAUUGUCACAACUAACACAACCUCCACAAUUAUUACAACCUCCUCAACUGACACAGUCACCACAAUUGGUACAACCUCCAGAAUUAACACAGGGCCCACAACUGACGCAACCAAUACAAGAGCCACUGCAGCUGCCAUCACAACAGUUUCCAGUACAAGUCCCACAACAAUCUAUCGAGCAAUUACCACAACCAUUUAUGAAACAGCCAUCACAACCUUAUUCUCAAGAGUCACCGCAGAUUUUUUCAGAUCAUGAAAUACAACAGCCUUUACAGCAACAACCUCAACAAUUUUCUGCACAUUUACCACAGCAAUUUCCCGUGCAACCACUACAAGAGUAUGCAACGCAGCCACCACAGUUCCCGGCACAACACCCAGAAAGUUGUGUACAAAAAUUUUAUGACAAUUUUCCAGUAUAUUCUUCGACAACUCCUUUUGCUGAGCAAUUACCAAUACAACCUACACAACCUUACCCGAAUCAGCCUCCAUAUCCAAACUUUGAACAACAACCAUUUCAAACCAUAGAUCAACCCAUUAAUCAAUUUACAAAUAACCCAGAAAACUCUUUAAAUCAUUUCAUUCCAUCUUCACAUUUGCUGUCAAAUAAUCAAAUAAAAACUGAAACGGACAAUAUUUUAAAUGAUUUUGAUGAUAUACCACAAUUCGCCAUCGCAACUAAGAGUGCAUCUGAAAUGUCGGAGUUCGAUUCUCCAACAAAAAAGCAAAUUCAAAACGAAUUGAAUGAACUGCACGAGAGAAAAUCUAUUAUUGAAAUUCAUCUUUCAAACGAUUCUAUUUGUAAAAGUACUCAAAAUAUAAACCAUGAAGACCCGAAUAAUGUUGGUUCAUUAGCAGAUAACAAUUUAAAAAUGGAUCACUUAAAUAAAGAAGCUAAACAGAAAAAUGGUAAUGCAAAGGUCACACAGGGACCACAAAAAAGAACUGCUACUGAUAAAUCGAAAGCUUGCAAAAAAAUUGUCAAACGAGCUGCAGCAGCUUUGGAUGUACCAGAAGAUACAGGCAAUUUCAUAGAACUUGAAAAUGCCGCGCAUCCAAUUGAACAAUUAACUCCAGAAGAAGAGUGCUUAGAUCAAAAAUAUCGAACAUCUUGCGCCACAUUUUUACAACAUUUGCCCUGUUUUAAAAUUCAGAGCAGCGCUGAACACACUAUAACAAAAUGUCGGGAAUGUCGUCGGCAUAAUUCCAGUUCAAACGAUGUCUACUGCCGCUUCUAUGAAUUUCGUCGUCUACAAUAUACAGCGAAUGGGGAGCUUAAUGUAGCCGGAUUUCCAAAUCCAUACACAGAGCCAACACAAGAAGAUCUUAACAUUUGGCAACCAGAUGACAAUACAGCUCCAACAGCUGGUGUUAUGGAUAUACAAGUGUGCCGUUAUAUAUUAUUACACGCCGGUGAUCAAUUCUGUUAUCUUUGGCGUCAGGAAGCUGAAGCUUUAAAGUUGCAUGAAAAUCCCGACAGCACCAUUGCGUGGAAGAAGGUAGUGCAGGGCAUACGCGAGAUAUGUGAUGUUUGCGAUACCACAUUAUUUAAUUAUCAUUGGACGUGCAACAAGUGUGGCUUAGGAGUUUGUUUAGAUUGCUUUAAGGAUCGUAAGGAACAGCGCACUUGUCGUAAAAUGCGUGACAAGCCUCAACGUGGUCGUGACGAAUUUCACUGGUUCUUAUGCAAUGGUGCAGCACCUCAUAAACUCUCGGAAUUGAUGCUUACACAAAUAAUAGCUGGAGAUGCAUUAAAUGUACUUGGACGUUUAUUACAUGAGGUGCGUGCAGUUUGGCAAGUGCCUCAAUUGUGUGGUUGUUUAUUGAGCAAGCAGCGCGUCACCGAUCCAGAACUUAAUGCUUUCAUACAAGAUAUGAUUAAGGAAUCACAGUUAAAACAACAGACCAGUGCAUCAUCACUUGCUACCGAAGCUACUUUACGACAACAAGAGCGCAUGGAGGACUUACAUCGCAAUAAGCUGGAGUUUGCACGUGCUGCAGGUAUCGAUUACGUUCCAGGACGAGUUUGGACAAAAAAAACUUUGGGCAAAGAUGCAAUUACAACAGCUUUUGACAAAUUCAAAAAAAUUAAUUUCUUACGCGAUGGUUUGGCUGGUAAAAGACGAUUCUUACCACCGCAAGCUAUGACAUUGGCACAUACAAUGCCUUUGGCACGCGGUGUACCACAUGAAUGGCUAUGCGAUGGAAAACUAUUAAGAUUAACUAACGCUAUGCAUCCAGACAACCGUAUACUGUUUCAAGAAGUAUGGAAAUGUGGACAACCGGUAAUGAUAUCUGAAGUAGCCAAUUCUUUAAAUUUAAAUCUUUGGAAACCUGAAGCUUUUUGUAGAGAUUUUGGCGAUAAACCAAAUGAUCUAAUAAACUGUCUCAAUGGUAAUUUAGUACCAAAUCAACCUAUGCGUCAUUUUUGGGAAGGUUUCCAAUUUAUCAAUAAACGUCUACUAGAUUCUCAUGGUAAACCAAUGUUGCUCAAGUUAAAAGAUUGGCCGCCUGGUGAUGAUUUUGCUGAAAUAUUACCUACGCGAUAUGGUGAUUUAAUGAAAGGUUUACCCAUGCCGGAAUACACAUUACGAACUGGUAAUUUGAAUAUUGCUAGUUGUUUGCCCAAAAUGUUUGUACCCCCCGAUUUGGGUCCAAAAAUGUAUAAUGCCUAUGGUUCAGCACUACAUCCUGACAAGGGUACCACAAAUUUACAUCUCGAUAUAUCGGAUGCCGUAAAUAUUAUGGUAUAUGUUGGUAUACCUGCAGACACAGAUAGCGCACCACAACUUAAAGCUACUUCCAUUGCCAUUUCAUUGAGUGGUGCUGAUUUUUUAACAAGAGUACGAUUACAAUCUCCUGACGUUAUGCCUGGUGCUUUGUGGCAUAUAUUUCCCGCACGUGAUGCGGAUAAAAUACGUGAUUUAUUGAAUCGUGUUACGCUUGAAAGAGGUUUUCGUUUGGAACCAGAUCACGACCCAAUACAUGAUCAGAAUUGGUAUCUUGAUGACGAGUUGAGAAUGCGUCUUCUUAAGGAAUAUGGUGUAGAAGGCUAUCCAAUUGUUCAAUGCUUAGGUGAUGCAGUUUUUAUACCAGCAGGUGCUCCGCAUCAAGUGCAAAAUUUGCACAAUUGCAUAAAAGUAGCUGAAGAUUUCGUUUCUCCAGAAAAUAUAACACAUUGCUAUCACUUAACACACGAGUUCCGUCGUCUCUCUCACUCACAUACUAACCAUGAAGAUAAAUUACAGAUUAAGAAUAUUAUAUAUCAUGCAAUUAAAGAUUGCUGCACAAUACUUGUACGGGCAAUUAAAGAGAAGGCUGAAGCGGAAAUUGCGGAGUUGGAGAAACAGAAAGAAUCAAAUUCGUAAAAUCUCAAUAAAGUAGUAAUUAAUAAAUUUAACAAAACAUUCAUAUUUAACAAAUACAUA